AUGCUUUUUACAGAUGCUAAAGGUGGAAAGAAGGCUGGUGGCAAGAAGAAAGGUGGAUCCUUCCAGACAGUGUCGGCUCUCUUUAGGGAAAACUUGGGCAAGCUGAUGACUAACUUAAGGUGCACUCACCCACACUUUGUGCGCUGUUUGAUUCCCAAUGAAUCAAAAACACCAGGUCUCAUGGAGAACUUCCUGGUCAUCCACCAGCUGAGGUGUAACGGUGUGCUGGAAGGUAUCAGGAUCUGCAGAAAGGGCUUCCCCAGCAGGAUCCAAUACGCUGACUUCAAGCAGAGAUACAAAGUAUUGAACGCUAGUGUCAUUCCUGAGGGACAGUUCAUCGACAACAAGAAGGCCUCAGAGAAGCUGCUGCAAUCUAUCGAUGUGGAUCAAUCACAGUACAGAUUUGGCCAUACCAAGGUAUUCUUCAAGGCUGGAUUGCUGGGUACUCUGGAGGAGAUGAGGGAUGAGAAACUGGUCGAGCUGGUCACAAUGACCCAGGCUCUCUGCAGAGGUUACCUCAUGAGGAGAGAGUUCGUCAAGAUGAUGGCGAGGAGGGAGGCCAUUUACUCCAUCCAGUACAACAUCCGUGCAUUCAUGAAUGUCAAAACCUGGCCAUGGAUGAAGCUCUACUUCAGAAUUAAGCCUCUGCUGAAGAGUGCAGAGAGUGAAAAGGAGAUGGUGCAAAUGAAAGAGGACUUUGAAAAGAUGAAGGAAGAUCUAGCAAAGGCUUUGUCAAAGAAGAAGGAGCUGGAGGAGAAGAUGGUUUCUCUGCUGCAGGAGAAGAAUGACUUGGAGCUACAAAUGCAGUCUGAAGGUGACACCCUCAGUGAUGCAGAGGAGAGGUGUGAGGGGCUCAUUAAAGCGAAAAUCCAGCUUGAGGCCAAAUGCAAAGAGAUUUCUGAGAGACUGGAGGAUGAGGAGGAAAUAAAUGGUGAGCUGACUGCAAAGAAGAGGAAGCUGGAGGACGAGUGCUCUGAGUUGAAGAAAGACAUCGAUGACUUGGAGCUCACCCUGGCCAAACUGGAAACAGAGAAACAUGCCACUGAGAACAAGGUUAAGAACCUUGUUGAGGAAAUGUCAUCUCAAGAUGAAAUCAUUGCCAAGUUGACCAAAGAGAAGAAAGCCCUCCAAGAGGCCCUAGAGGGAGUUCGAAAGAAAACGAGCGAGCUAGGUAGCUUCAAAGAAGACGGGAGGUCUCUUGGAAGUUCGACACUCGGUUUCAUCACCUACAGAAUUUUACAAAUCAGAUAA